GAACCGCCGGAGGAGCAUUUUUCUCCACUCUGCGGUUCAAGUUUGAAAGUUUUUGUGCGCGGAUCAGAAGUCUGAGCUUUCACGCGCUCAGGGAUUGUUGGACGGAGACCCUCGCUGGGACAUCCUCAUCAUCAUGGGGUGCAACAAGGUGAUCUGGAUAUUGGCAGGAGUGGCUGUCACCGUCACCAUGAUAACAAUCCUAGCAGUUUUCUACAGCAGUAAGAAAUCCAUCUCUUCCUGUCCCACUUUUUUGACUGAUCCUGUUUCACUUUCUCCCAAAUAUGGUCAAUGCAUAAGUUAUUGGAAUGACUUUUUCUGCUCAGAGUCUGAUGGCACCCAAAGGCCCUUCACACUGGGCGACUACUUCAACGACACCUUUCGGAAGAAAUCUUACAGCUUGUACUGGAUAUCAGACAAGGAGUAUUUGCAUAAAACAGCUGAGAGGAACCUCUUCCUCCAUAACGCUGAAACCAUGGAGGAGACACUUUUCUUGAGCAACUCAACUUUUGACAAAGUAGGGGCCACUGGGUAUUUACUGUCUGGAGAUCAUAAAUACGUUGCUUUAGAAAGCAAUUACUCAAAGAAUUGGAGACAUUCAUAUACAGCGUCCUACUCUAUCUAUGAUAAGGAGAAUUCAACAUUUGUUACGACUGUCAGUCUUCCUCCUGAAGUGCAGUACUUCAUCUGGGCGCCAACAGGAAACCAAUUUGCCUACGUCUCAAACUACAACCUUUUUUUAAACUCUGACAUGAACGCUAAAGCUGUUCAGGUGACACAGAACGGCAAGAAGAAUGAGAUCCUUAACGGCGUUCCUGACUGGGUGUAUGAGGAGGAAGUCUUUGCAUCCAGUGGUGCAAUAUGGUGGUCCUCAACGGGAAAGUUCUUAGCCUAUGUGGAAUUUAACGACACGGAAGUUCAGAAAAUUGAAUACAGCUGGUACGGAUCCGAUCAAUACCCGGAGACGGUGGCUGUUCCUUAUCCAAAGGCUGGAUCCAAUCUUACCAAAGUGAAACUGUUUGUGGUCGAUACCUCAAAUCCGUCCUCCCCCACGCAGGUGGCUCCUCCUACUUCCAUUGCAUCCAGUGAUCACAUGUUGUGCUCAGUGACCUGGGUUACAGACGAGCGCGUUGCUGUGCAGUGGCUCACAAGGAAACAGAAUCAUGUGGUUGUACAGAUCUAUGACUUUGAUGGAAGUAGCUGGAGAGAAAAGCAGAAAUUUGAGCAAACUAGCAAGACGGGCUGGAUUGGCCGUUACGGGCCCCUGCCCCUCUUCUUCGCUGAAGAUAAGAUCAGCUUCUACAAAGUCAUGAGUGACGAUAAGGGCUACAAACAUAUUCAUCUCGUGAAAGAUGGUAAAGCAACACCUAUUACCUCGGGGAAAUGGGAGGUUAUUUACAUAUGCAAGCUAACAAAGGAUGCCAUAUAUUUUGUGAGUAAUCAGCACCAAAGAGUGCCGGUUAUGAGAAAUCUCUACAAAGUUUUGAUUGGAAGCAGUCACUCGGACACCCAGUGCCUCACCUGCGACUUGGACGAGGACAGUCGGUGUCAGUACAACUCAGCUUACUUCAGCUCUGAUGCCUCUUUCUACCGAAUGGACUGCUAUGGACCUGGACUGCCCUUAUAUACACUCGUGGACAACAGGGUCUCAGGUGCAGCCAGAGAACCGUCUACUCUUGAAGAUAACACGGAUCUAAAAAACCUUCUAUCCGGAUUCCACAUGCCAACCAUGAAAUAUGGCACCCUAAAAGUGUCAGGAUUUGAUCUCUGGUAUCAAAUGAUGCUACCCCCGGGUUUCAAGAAGUCCAAAAAAUAUCCACUUCUUAUAGACGUUUACGGCGGCCCGAGCAGUCAGAGUGUGAGCUACAGUUUCAAGCUGAACUGGGGCACGUACCUGUCCUCCUCUCAUGGGAUCAUCGUGGCCAGCUUCGAUGGAAGGGGAAGCGGUUACCAAGGUGAUGAAAUACUGCAUGCAAUCUACAGGCGGCUUGGCACAUACGAAGUGGAAGAUCAGAUAGCAGCUGUGAGGAAAUUCAUUGACAUGGGUUUUAUCGACACAAAACGAAUUGCCAUUUGGGGCUGGUCUUACGGUGGUUACGUUGCCUCAAUGGCCUUGAGUGCUGGAACUGGGCUCUUCAAGUGUGGGAUUGCAGUAGCACCAGUGGCCAACUGGCAAUAUUAUGAUGCUGUUUACACUGAACGUUACAUGGGCAAGCCAGUGGAGAAUUCUGACAGUUAUAAAAAUUCCACUGUCACAUCCAGAGCCAAGAACUUCUCAAAGGUUGACUUCCUGUUGGUUCACGGCACAGCAGAUGACAACGUCCAUUUCCAGCAGUCCGCUCAGAUCUCCAAAGCCCUGGUGGAUGAGCAAGUGGACUUUGAGGCGAUGUGGUACACUGACAGGGACCAUUCUCUCUCAGGAUCCGCCCGCUAUCACGCAUUCAACCACAUGAGUCACUUUUUGCAGAAAUGCCUGGUAAAUGUCAACUGAAACAAAAAAAAAUGUCAGUAUUAGUAGUAAAUAUUUCUUUUUUUAGUUUUGUAAAAAUACAUUUCAGUGUUUUUUUAUAUGCCACAUAAUUACUGUUAAUAUAAGCAUACAAUUGUGAUUUAUGUGGAAGGACAUGUGAUUUUUUUUUUUUUUUGAGAAAUAAAGCCAUUGCAUGCACUUGUAGUUAACAUAUUUUGUACAAAAACGUGGUGGAUGAAUAACACUGCACUGAUUUGUUUUGUGGUGGUGUCAUUUGUACUGCAGCUACAAUAAAGACUGUUAAAAUUGUU